AGUCUAGUCUACGUGGGCGCCGAACAGCGGUCCCUUUAAGAGCCUUCCUACACACGAGCCUACUCUGACAUUCCCAGGGCGCUGGUGAGGUAUGCGCGGGCAACCUUCGCACAUCCUGUCACUGUACCGGAGCGCAGCAAGCAGGAGCAUUAAGUCUUCUUCUGGCUUAUGACCAACGGACACAAGAAUUUGUCCGACUGACUGAUGCAAGCCUAGAGGAUGUUUGGCAGUUAAACAGAUGGUCAUCCUCACUGCGCGUUAGUGCUUUCCUGGAGUUACCAAGGACUUUAAACUUCCACCUUUCCUCUGGACUUGAGCAGUGAUAUACUGACGGUUCUGGUGGAGGCCUGAACAUAGCUGUUUGGGGCCAUGAGUGAAUUAGAACAGCUUCGGGAAGAGGCGGAACUACUACGCUUACAGAUCCAAGAUGCCAGGAAAGCCUGCAGUGACUCCAACCUCUCUCAGAUCUCAGCAGGUUUGGACCCUGUUGGGAGGAUCCAGCUGAGGACGAGAAGAACACUGAGGGGCCACCUGGCUAAAAUCUACGCCAUGCACUGGGGAUGCGACACCAGGUUACUUGUUAGCGCAUCUCAGGAUGGCAAGUUAAUAAUCUGGGACAGCUACACGACAAAUAAGAUACAUGCCAUCCCGCUGCGGUCGUCGUGGGUGAUGACAUGUGCGUAUGCGCCUUCGGGGAGCUUCGUGGCGUGUGGCGGUCUGGACAACAUCUGCUCCGUCUACAAUCUAAAGACACGAGAAGGCAAUGUCCGAGUCACCAGAGAACUGGCUGGACACACAGGCUAUUUAUCUUGCUGCCGUUUCGUUGAUGAUGGUCAGGUUGUGACCAGCUCAGGAGACACCACCUGUGCCUUGUGGGACAUCGAGACAGCACAGCAGGCGAUCAGUUUCCCGGGUCACACGGGUGACGUCAUGAGCCUGACGCUGAGUCCAGAUCGCCGAACGUUUGUGUCAGGUGCGUGCGAUGCCACGGCGAAGCUCUGGGACAUCAGAGACGGCAUGUGCAGACAGUCCUUCAGCACUCACCUGUCAGACAUCAACGCAGUCACUUUCUUUCCCAAUGGGAACGUGUUUGCUACUGGCUCGGACGACGCUACCUGCAGGAUCUUUGACCUGCGCGCUGACCAGGAGCUGCAUGUCUACUCUCACGACAACAUCAUCUGCGGCAUCACCUCCGUGUCCUUCUCCAAGAGUGGACGCCUGCUGAUCGCCGGAUACGACGACUUCAACUGCAACGUGUGGGACGUGCUGAAGGGAGAGCGCUCAGGUGUCCUGGCAGGCCAUGAUAACCGUGUGAGCUGUUUGGGUGUGACUCCUGACGGUAUGGCAGUGGCCACAGGCUCAUGGGAUAGCUUCCUGCGCAUCUGGAACUGAGUGUGCCAAAGAGGACCUGAUUGAGAGCAGUCCCUGCGUCAGACACAGUGACACUUCUCAGACAGUGUGAUUUUAUACUCAGACAACACAUACACUACCGCGUAAAAGUUUGGAGUCACUUAGAAAUGUCCUUCUUUUCAUCAUUAAUGUAAAUUACUGUUGUAGAAAGUCGUUGUUGACAUGUUGUAAAUGACUGUUGUAGAAAGAAAUGGCUAAUCUUUAAAUGAAAGAUCUACAUAAGUAUACAGAUGCCCAUUAUCAGCAACCAUUUAUCCAAUGUUCCAAAUGCACAUACUGUUUACUAAUCUGAUAUCAUUUUAAAAUGCUAACUGAGAAAACAUUGGAGAAC